AUGGCCAUAUUACGCACAGAUUGCAUUGAGAGACCCCUACGCAUUUGCUUUAAGAUGAUGGGUCAAUUAAUCGGAUCUCAUCCCUGGUUGUUCUUGAUUGCCCCUCUUUUUCUCUCGACAUGUCUUGGGAGUGGAUUUUAUCUUCUGCAGGACAAAAUGUCAAACGAUAUCGAAGAGCAGUUCACGCCUUUUGAUGGACAAGCCAAGCUGGAGAGGAAAUACAUCCAAGACACUUUUCCUGGAAAUGACUCCACGUUUUCGCGUUUAAGGUUGAGCACGGAUGGGGAUUAUGCAACUGUUAUAGCUACAAGUGACAGGAAUAUUUUGACUGUGGACUCACUCCAAGACAUCCUAGAUUUAGAUGUUAAAGUUAGGAAUAUGGUAGUGCAGUUUAACAACCAGUCAUUUGAAUAUGUGGAUGUUUGUGCUGAGGUGAUGGGAUCCUGCCACUCCAAUGACAUUUUAGAUAUAAUUGAAAACAUUGCAAACAAUAUAGACACAGUCAAUUUGACAUAUCCGUGGUAUAACUUAAAUGUUAGUAGCUUUCCUUUGUAUUUGAGUCUGGGGAGUGUGAAAUUCGACAAUGAGAGCUCAGUAGUUGAAAGUGCUGAAGCCAUACAGCUCUAUUACUAUUUACGUGAGGACAACAAAACAAAGACGGACCUUUGGUUGGAAAGCUUCAUUAGUUUAGUCUCAAACAUGUCAUCAACUUCCAUUCAGGUGUCUUAUUCCACCUCCAUGUCGAUGCAGUGGGAAUUUGAAAAAUCUCCGGGGUCUGUCAUCUAUUUGUUCUCCAUCACCUAUGCCAUUGCCAUCACCUUUUCCAUCAUAUCAUGUUGGAGGUUGGAUAAUGUGAGGACGAAGGUGUGGGUGGCAGCCUGUGGUGUUCUCUCCACAGGUCUGGCAGUCCUGAGUGGAUUUGGACUGCUGUUGUUGUUGGAUCAACCUUUUGUCAUGACAGUUGCCUCCUGUCCUUUCAUGAUAUUAGGUAUUGGACUGGAUGACAUGUUCAUCAUGAUCUCCUGCUGGCAGAGGACCUGUGUUCUGGAUAGCGUCCCUGAUCGGCUGGCUGAGACCUACAAAGACGCUGCAGUCUCCAUUACCAUCACCACCCUGACUGACGCGCUGGCUCUCUUUCUGGGCUGCAGCUCGCCCUUUGGUUCCGUCCGCUCGUUUUGCCUGUACGCUGGGGUUUCUAUUUGCUUCUGCUAUUUGUACAGCAUCACUUUCCUGGGGGCGUGUAUGGCUUUCAACGGAAAAAGGGAAGCAGAGAACAAGCACUGGUUCACUUGUGCCAAAAUCCCUGAAGACUUACCCUCCAGCAGCUCAAAAGCCUUUGGUAUGUGUUGUGUUGGGGGGAGCUAUGAUCGAAUCACUGAAAAGGAGGAAACGGAGGUUGUGAGUCACAUGUUUGAGCGGUUUUACGGCCCGUUUUUGACUCAUAAAUCAAUAAAAGUUUGUGUAUUUUUCAUUUAUGCAGGCUAUCUGGCUGUUAGCAUCUAUGGCUGUUUUAACUUGAAUGAAGGACUCGACAUCAAGAAUCUGGCUUUGGAUGAGUCAUACCUCAUCAAUUACUACAACAAUCAAGGGCAACACUUUGCCGAAUAUAGCUGUAACGUGAUGGUAGCAGUGAAGCAACCAUUGGCAUACUGGGAUGCGGACGAACAGAAGCAUCUGCAUCGAUGCAUUUCAAAUUUUGAGAGUUUGAACUUUGUCAAUGGCACUUUGGCUUGGUUUCUCUCCUUUGUACAGUAUGCCAAUGCCACCAAUCUUAAUAUACAAUCUCAAGAGUCUUUCCAAACACAUCUAUCAGAUUUUUUAGAACUCAACACCAUGUUCAAACAUGACAUCAACUUCACCACGGAUAACAAUAUUCAGGCAUCUCGAUUUUUUGUCCAGACACUCAACAACGCAUCCACAAAGGACAUGAUGAUUGGACUUAGGAAAACCGCAGAGGAAUGCCCAGUAGAUCUCCUUGUGUACCACCCCGCUUUCAUCUACUUUGACCAGUAUACCGUCAUCAUGGACAACACCAUUCAAACCGUCAUGGUGGCUGUGAUCGUGAUGCUAGGUGUCUCGCUCAUCCUAAUACCCAGUCCUCUUUGUUCCUUUUGGGUGGCUUUUGCAAUUUGUUCAGUCAUUGUUGGUGUGGUGGGGUUCAUGGCGCUCUGGGGUGUAAGCCUGGACUCCAUCUCCAUGAUCAACUUGGUCAUGUGCAUCGGUUUUUCCGUAGACUUCUCUGCACAUAUUUCAUAUUCUUUCGUCUCUAGCCCUAAGAGUGACGUCAAUGGGAAAGCCAUCGAUGCCUUGGCUCGUUUAGGGUAUCCGAUACUCCAAGGAGCACUGUCUACUAUUUUAGGAGUGGUGGUGCUGUGCAUGUCCGGGAGUUACAUCUUUAGGACGUUCUUCAAGAUUGUGUUUCUUGUGAUAACAUUUGGCCUGUUCCAUGGACUAGUGUUCAUUCCAGUAUUUCUGACUCUUUUUGGGGCCUUUGGGAAGUGGUUUUAA